AUGAAGCAGCGAAACUCGAACAACAAGUCCAACGCCGGCACCGAUUCCAGCCGCAACCAUGCUUCGCCCGCGAGCGAGCCCACCACGGUGAUGCCCGUCACCCGACGCCGCGUCGAUCCAGAUACCCGUGGCAUCUCGUUGAGCUCGCCUGCAAUACGCGCGAUUGGGACCUCGCCUACGAGACGCAGGUCGCUGCUUCGCUUCGACAAGAAGAGGCCGGAGGACGAAGACAAAGCAGCAAAGGAAAGAAAGACACGCUCGGAAGCCUCGGACCAGUCGUCGGACGAGUCGGACGAGGAAGCCAGCAUCGAGGAGGAGGCCAAGCGCAAGCAGCGGGAGGCCGAGAUCGGGCAGGCUCGAAAGCAAAAGGAGGCCAAAGUGCAAGACAUGCUUGCCAAGCUCAGAGAGCCUCUGGAGGUCUUGAAGGCCGAGCACGAGCGCAGAACCGUCGACGCCAUCCGGGAUGCGUUCGCCAAAGUCAUAGGCAGCUUGGACGCCAUGGCCGAGCACACCGACGACUUCGGGGAGAGCUUCCGCAUCGCCAACGAGACCCACGCCGAGCUCUGCACCGAGAUGGCUGAGCUGUCGGACAACUACCGUCAAAACGUCGAGGAGUCGAUCCAUGCCAUCUCGCGUCACCUCGACCGCCUCGAAGAGGCGUACACCGCUCGACAGGCGAACCGCGACCGCUUCAACAGAGAGGUCGAGCAGCUGCACGAAGGUUUCGCGACCAAGAUCGAUGGCAUGCACAAGGAGUGGGCCGUCCGCAAGAGGAAGCUCCUGGCCGACAUGGCGCAGGCCAACGACACGACCCAGGACGAGAAAGAGCUGCGCCAGACGCUCGCCGAGAUGCUGGGCGGCAUGGGUGACUAG